UGACUCAUCUUUUCAUCCCCUCCCCCUUCUGUUUCUCCUCUCAUCUCGCUCUCAUUCUGGUUUCCACCCACCCUCGCUCUGUUUUGCCUCUCUCUUCCGCAGCUCGACACUUCCAGGCUCGCCUAACGCAGGGCUACGCGCACUGACGCCAGGAUGUCCAUUGUGAGCAUCGUUGCCAGGGAAAUCCUGGACUCUCGGGGAAACCCUACAGUGGAGGUAGACCUGAGAACCGAUAAAGGUCUGUUUAGGGCUGCGGUGCCCAGCGGAGCAUCGACAGGCAUCUAUGAGGCUCUGGAGCUCAGAGAUGGAGACAAGAGCCGUUACAAGGGCAAAGGUGUACUGAAGGCUGUCGGUCACAUUAAUGACACUCUUGGACCAGCCCUCAUCGCAUCUGAGAUCAGUGUGGUGGAACAGGAGAAACUGGACAACAUGAUGAUCGAGAUGGACGGCACAGAGAACAAAUCCCAGUUUGGAGCAAACGCCAUCCUGGGAGUGUCUCUGGCCAUCUGCAAGGCCGGUGCGGCAGAAAAAGGCGUCCCUCUGUAUCGUCAUAUUGCUGAUCUGGCAGGAAACACAGAACUAGUGCUGCCAGUUCCUGCGUUUAAUGUCAUCAACGGAGGCUCUCACGCUGGAAACAAGCUCGCAAUGCAGGAAUUCAUGGUUCUUCCUGUGGGGGCGGAGUCAUUCCGUGACGCCCUGCGUGUCGGAGCCGAGCUCUACCAGACGCUGAAGGGUGUCAUCAAGGAGAAGUAUGGCCAAGAUGCCACCAACGUCGGCGACGAGGGAGGAUUCGCUCCAAACAUCCUGGAGAACAGCGAAGCACUUGAGUUGAUAAAGACAGCCAUAGACAAGGCCGGCUUCACAGAUAAAAUCGUGAUUGGGAUGGAUGUAGCUGCCUCUGAGUUCUACCGUGACGGCAAGUACGACCUGGACUUCAAGUCUCCUCCAAACCCAGACAGACACAUCAGCAGCGAUGAGCUGUUAGAGAUCUACCAGACCUUUGUCAACGAUUAUCCAGUGGUGUCCAUCGAGGACCCGUUUGAUCAGGACGACUGGGCCGCUUGGACUAACAUGACGGGCUCCGUGGGGAUCCAGAUCGUGGGCGACGACUUGACUGUGACAAACCCAAAGAGGAUAGAGAAGGCUGCGGAAGACCGCGCGUGCAACUGUCUGCUCCUGAAGGUCAACCAGAUUGGCACGGUCACAGAGGCCAUCCAGGCAUGUAAGCUCGCUCAGGCCAACGGAUGGGGCGUGAUGGUCAGCCAUCGCUCAGGAGAGACUGAAGACACUUUCAUUGCUGAUCUAGUGGUGGGACUCUGCACUGGACAGAUAAAGACAGGAGCUCCGUGUAGAUCUGAGCGUCUCGCAAAAUACAACCAACUUAUGAGGAUUGAAGAAGAACUGGGCGAUCAGGCUCGAUUCGCCGGGCACAAUUUCAGAAACCCUAGCGCUCUGUGAUACUGACGUCACCACCCCGAAAUCACACAAAAAACAACUGACAAACAGAGUAUGUACUGCACUGAACCGACCGACUGCCCUUGACGUCCCCUCAAAUCGUUCAAAAUGCAUUAUAACAGCACUAUUUGCACUGAAAUACAAAAGAUGACUUACUCAGACACUCAAAGUAUAUAUUUAAACUGAAGCGGACUGCGGACAGGCUUUGAUAGACCAAAUAUUAUGCACAGUGGAUCCCGAACCGAACAGCAUUAUGCACAAGUGAUACUGAAUUACUCGACGGGCUUUAAAACAUGUGCACAGGGUGGACAUGCAUGCGUAUGAUUCAGAAACACGGACCUUGAAUUUAACAAGGGCGAAGGCUUUUAAAAAGAAGCAUUUAACUCAGAUGGACUAAAAGUAGAGAUUUAUUUUAAUCAGGUGUAAUCUUUAAAAUUAAGCUUCAGUUUAGAUGUGAAAUGUAUGUACGUAAAAAAAACAAAAAAACACUGUCUAGGUUGACUUGCCACACUCAAAUGUAAUUUUUAUGGUUCACUGCAUGAGAACUAGGCAAAAAAUAAAUAUAUUUUGGAAAAAGGAGAGUAGAGAAAUCGAAUAGCUAAGUGACUAUUUAUGCAGCGGUGGGUUUUUCAAUGAGAUAAUCACGCUGAGAUGAUUGACAGUGAAGAAUUCAGGGUCCAGUAUUUACUCUAAAAGACAGUUCAUUUGCCCAGGGCGUUAGAUGCUUUUUAUCAAACAAUACUCUCUUUCUCAGAUGCUGUUUUUUGUGUCCAUCGCUGACCCAAAAGCAUGCUGAGAAAAAAAAGAGCCUGUUAAAACAAACUCUUAUUCAUUCAGAUCAACAAAUAAAAUAAAAUAAGGUGUUUUAACCUCUGACAUCAAAAAAUAAAACUUCAUUUUAGUAUAUAAAGCAUUUAAAAUAAUAUGUGUAGAAUAUAUUUGUUUGUGUAUAUCAUCGUCAUUGAUUUGGAAAGUCUAAUAUAUAUAUAUAUAUAUAUAUAUAUAUAUAUAUAUAUAUAUAUAUAUAUAUAUAUAUAUAUAUAUACUGAGUAUGGUCCCUACAUGGAUCAAUACGGCAAAUAAUGAGAAUGAAAUCUAAAGAUCGAACAUUAAGUUCACAUAUCACUCGUAAGAAUAGGAACGACUAUAUUCAAGAGCUCCCUAAUCUUCAUUUUCUCGUGAGAUGACUCUUAAAAUGUACUUUCACAUUUUUUACCCUUUUUACCCUGGAUCUCCAUACUAAAGGGGGAAGUGGAGGUUUUUGGCAUUGAAUAAAACGAUCUGUAAGUGAGCCGUCCGUUGUGUUUGGGGCGGGGCUAGCACUGUCCAAAUCUAGAAGAGACGGCUGUAGGAAGGACACAUUUCACCUCUGCUUUGAGAUGAACGAUCUACAUCCAGAAGCGAAAGAAAGAUAGACGCAGCGAUCACGAUGACGGAUCUGAUUGAAGAACCGGGCCGACAGACACGCUUACACGAAUAGAGACCAAACACACUCACUCACUCACUCACUCACUCACAUUUGUGUAGCAAAGUCUCACCCUCAACGCACACGACUCCUUAUUCUCUCCCCCAUGGACUCGCAGUCUGUGUUUCAUCCGUCUCCUUUCCCCCCCUCUGCCUUCUUGUGGUUAUGACUUGGCUUGUUCCCCCGUACCCGAAAUCUUUUUCCUCCCUCAUGACUUAUCUUUUAAUCAUUUUGUGAGAUUACUGUGGUGAAAGAAGGAAAAGAAAGCGAGCCGGAGAGAAAAUUAAAAAAAAAAUAAAUAAAUAACUGACAAGCCUGUCAGCGAAUAAUGUUAUGGAAUAAUAAAGCUGUCAUUACUUUCGUCAA